ACGUAAGAUUCUUAAGCCCACUAGGGCACUAGAUAUCAAGGCCCAUAUCUUGCUACCGAAAAACCCACUACGUAUCGGACACAUCAGAGUUUUAGGUUUUACUCCACACAGCAGAGCAGACGAUAAGAGUACCAGAGCACCCAGACCUUCGCUGCCGUGUCCCCCUUUUGCCGUCGUUAGCUCAUCCGCAACCAUGAUCAUUUCAGAGAAGAACCGUCGUGAGAUCUCCAAGUACCUCUUUCAAGAGGGAGUUUGUUAUGCAAAGAAGGACUAUAACUUGGCAAAGCACCCGGAUAUCGAUGUGCCGAACCUGCAGGUGAUUAAGCUGAUGCAGAGCCUUAAGUCGAAGGAGUAUGUGAGAGAAACUUUUGCUUGGAUGCAUUACUACUGGUACCUUACCAAUGACGGUAUCGAGUUUUUGAGGACCUACCUCAAUCUCCCUUCUGAGAUUGUACCUGCAACUUUGAAGAAGCAGGCCAAGCCUGCUGGCCGCCCAAUGGGGCUGUCUGGUGACCGCCCACGUGGCCCAUCUCGCUUUGAUGGAGAACGUAGAUUCGGUGGUGAUAGGGAUGGGUACCGUGGAGGACCCCGUGCACCUGGUGGUGACUUUGGUGAUAAGGGUGGAGCUCCUGCUGAUUUCAAGCCUUCUUUUGGGGGCCCUGGUGGAAGGCCUGGCUUCGGUCGUGGAGCUGGUGGUUUUGGUGCAGGCCCAGCUAGCAGCUCUAACCUUUCUUGAGGGGGUUGUUAUUUGAUCAGUGCUUGGUUUCCUGAAGUUGGAUUUUGAGAACAAGAUGGCAUAUUCUAUAUUAGGAGAUUGUAGCAGUUUUGUUAAAUCGUUAAGGUUUGAAAUAGUCGAGGGAUUGUAUUAGAUGUUAACUUUAUAAUACUCGGUCUUUGAAUCGCACUUUGGAAAAUUGUUUUCGGUUCAUUAUCUAUCUAUAUAAGCCUUGGAUCAUUUUCUCUCUGAA